UCUCGCUUUCUCUCUCCCUCCCUCCCUCUCUCUGGUCUCACAGGCUGAGGAAAACGGAGGGAGAAGGAGAAAACACUACGAAAGAGAGGACAGUCUGUGUGGUUGCUCACAACAGCGAGUCUGUCGAGAGCAAAGCCUUCUUUUUUUUUUUUAUUCAAUUUGUGGACUGUGGAGCCAAAAGGAGGAGAGAAAGGCCCCAUCCCAUCCCCCUCGCCUCAGCCACGGGAAGCACCCACACGUUCGGAGCAAAGGGCUAGGCCGCAAGUCGUUUGUGGUCAAGCACUGACAAAAGACCGAAGGGUGAGACUAACGCAAGUUCAUUGCCAGCCGCUCCUCUGACUUGAGAGGUGGAAAGAAGGCUUUUUCUACUUCUAAUCUCAUCUGUGCUGUUUAUUUUUGGAGGAACUAAAUCAGAGACUGAUAUAGCAACCACCAGAGAAGAUAUUGCUAGCUGUAGCAUAGCCCUAUUCAACAACAAACAAGGAAGAGAAGGGCACUUCCUUGAGCAAAAUAUCGUUUUGAAGAGAGCUACUGUAACUUGGGGCGGGGGGGGGGGGUAGACUGUCGCGGUCUGGACUCGAUAGUCGUUAUUUCUGUGCCUUGAGGAUAUAACUAUACACUUAGCUACGAAACAUUGUUUUGCUAGUGGUGACCUGGAAGGGAGCUCUUUGUCAACCAGAAUGUGGUUGGUGCUCAAAGCAGAGGACUGCUGGAAAAGCGGUCUCUUGCCUCGCACUGUCUGUACCCUGACUCACAUUUAACGUGGCAGCAAGGGCGAUUUCUCAUAAAGACGUUGUGACACUUUAUGAAUGUACCUCCAACGGGUCUUUUUCUUGGCUAAAGCGUGAAGCAUUCUACUGAACAGCAAGCUCAUCUAAAAGACUGCCAUCUGAGCACUUGGGCCAAAGGGGAGAGAGGAAAAAGUAAAUAAUUGAAACCGGAGAAAGAACAAAAUCAGGCCUUGGGGGCCAAACGCAUGAAAAAACAAAGUUUAAGGUUUCUUUUAAAGACCACAAGGCCAACAUAAUAAAUGAAGACUCGGAACCAAUAUAUGCUGACCUCUGAAGGGAGGACCGAAAAGGGAGCCGAGUGAAGUUCAAACGGCAGCAACCCAAAGCCUGCGGCUGUCUCCCAUUCUUCCUCUGGUCUGUUGACCAAGCAAUGGCCAUGGUGAGCGGGGGCUGGGGAGAUCCCAACGGGGGCACCAACGGGCUGGGGGAGAAGGGCUACCUGCGGGGCGAGGAGGAGGACGGUUCGCCCCAGGCCGGGGGCAGCGACAUGGAGGCUGGGGACGACGACAAAGGGUGCGUGGUGGACUGUGUGGUGUGCGGGGACAAGUCCAGCGGGAAACACUACGGCGUGUUCACCUGUGAGGGCUGCAAGAGCUUCUUCAAGCGGAGCAUCCGCCGCAACCUCAACUACACCUGCAGGUCGAAUCGAGAGUGCCAGAUCGACCAACAUCACCGCAACCAGUGCCAGUUCUGCCGCCUGAAGAAGUGCUUUCGCGUAGGCAUGCGCAAAGAAGCAGUUCAGCGCGGGCGCAUCCCCCCCUCACACUCCAGCCUGAGCCCCACGGGCACCCCGGUGGGGGGCGUCGGCGGGGCGGAGUUCUACAACAACAGCAGCGGUGGCAACAACAACGGCGGUCAGCCGGUUUCGGAGCUCAUCUCCCAGCUGCUGCGGGCCGAGCCCUACCCGAGCAGCCGCUACGGUCACCAGUACGGCCAGCAAGGCCAGGCGGCCGGCGCGGGCUCCGCCGUCAUGGGCAUUGACAACAUCUGCGAGCUGGCCGCCAGGCUGCUGUUCAGCACCAUCGAGUGGGCCCGGAACAUCCCCUACUUCCCGGAGCUGCCCGUGUCGGAGCAGGUGGCUCUACUCCGGCUGAGCUGGAGCGAGCUGUUCAUCCUGAAUGCGGCCCAGUCCGCCCUACCCCUCCACAUGGCCCCGCUGCUGGCCGCCGCCGGCUUCCACUCGUCGCCCAUGUCCGCCGAGCGGGUGGUGUCCUUCAUGGACCAGGUGAGGGUGUUCCAGGACCAGGUGGACAAGCUGACCCGGCUCCAGGUGGACUCGGCCGAGUACAGCUGCCUCAAGGCCAUCGCCCUCUUCUCACCAGAUGCGUGCGGGCUGACCGACCCGGUCCACGUGGAGUCCCUGCAGGAGAAGGCCCAGGUGGCUCUGACGGAGUACGAGCGGAUGCAGUACCCGGGCCAGCCGCAGCGCUUCGGCCGCCUGCUCCUCCGCCUGCCCGCCCUGCGCGCCGUGCCCGCCAACCUCAUCUCCCAGCUCUUCUUCAUGCGCCUGGUGGGCAAGACGCCGAUCGAAACGCUCAUCCGCGACAUGCAGCUGUCCGGAAGCUCCAUCAGCUGGCCCUACGUCCCCGGGCAGUAACCCGACCCCCGACGCCAGCGACAGGUUCCUCUGACUCAUCCCGAUCCAUCUGUGUGAUCCAUGACUGGCGCCAGCUGGACGUCAUGCGUACUGUACUCGUCUCCGUGGGCGGAGCUGUUCUCCGUGCCAGCCCGGUGCCAGCUGGGUUUUGGAGCCAGGACACCUACCACGCCCUGUCGUGGCAACUGGAGCCAGCCUGGCCAUCUGCAUGCCAUAGGGAUUACUUUACAUACGUACAACACUGUCACGCCAGUUGAGGUCACUGGAACCAUUUCUCAUUUCCCACGUCUCCUCUGCGGUUUCGAUACCAUGACUUUCAACACCCACAAGGACAGAUGGUCGGCUAUUAAAAAAAAAAGCUGUGUUACGGAACUGUACUCAGUUGUUGUUGUUUUGGGCCUUUUGCUGAGGGGUCGUCACCUAACUUAGAGGGGUCUUUAGUUAACGUACAGCAAGUGGGAGGACGAAAGGUGUUAAGGGCUGAAAUGGAACUAGACCAAUGAUUCCACCGAAAUCUUAAAUCGUCCACAAACAUUUCACCACUUCAGAGGUUAUGAAUUUUAUGUGUUGGAGUAGAUCAGCCAGGGAGCUCAAUUAGCAAGGCAUAUGGACUGACUCCUGACUACUAUUUAGGGUGCACUUGAGUUGGGCAAAAUUUUAUACAGCUACAGUUACAUAUCUAUGGAUUGAUACCUCACAAGACAACCGAAUGCUAUGGACUGGACUUCUUAAGGCAACCGCUCUCUCAUUGGACGGUUGUUUACCGCAAACCGCCUUCUUUUCAGCGACUGCCUUCCCCGCAUUCAGUAUGAAUGAUCUCAAAGAUCGAUGUUGCUUUUUAAAUAUGGUCUGGUAUUUCCACAAAACGGAAGACGUGUGCAGUCGAAGCGUGUGACGGGCUGAUUGUUAAAAUGGCUGUUUUCAAGUGACAAAAAAAAAAGUAUGUAAUCACAAAGGUUGUGGCCAAAUGGUUCACCUAUUAUAUGACAAUGCUGAAAACAAAAAGCAGUUGGUAUUUUUUUUAAUGCCAAGAAAUCACAUUGAAGUCAUUCUACAUGACACGCUAUAAGGAGUGUAUAUACCGUAAAUGUGGAGAACCAAAGGCUUUUAAAUGUUUUCAUUUUUCCUGGUCAGGUUGACCUGCUGCAUGUCACUAUUUUGUUUUUGAACUGUUUAAAGCUGUACAAGGUGUUUCAUCUUUGCGAAAUGGGAUUGUAAAGUAAAACAAAUUUUAUACGUUGACUUCACAGGGGUUCUUUUCAAACAUUUACAUUUUAUGAGAAAAUACCUCUACCAUCCCUUGAGAUGUGUCAAAAAGAUGGCGGUGAAAAAGACACUAUGCUGGUGCAGAACCAAAGGCUUCUCCAGAGCCGGUUGUGUUCUGAACAAUACAUCCCAGUUACUCACAGCACAACACUUAGGUUAUAUGGGAGUUUAUUAUCAUGGCUGCCUGGAGUUGGGUUUGCGCUUAGAUGAUAUGAUGCAAAAACAUCACACUACCUGUGAGUAACAGAAUAGGUCCAAUAUCCUAGCCGUGACUAGGAAUUACCUCAUGCCCAGGCCUUCAAAAGAUGGUAAAUUGUUCUAUCUCACACACCAUGCCAUCAAGAAGAUUUACAAAAAGAUACAUGUACUAUUGUUAAUGUUUAAAUGUUUUCCUGUGUUGCCAAGUUCAGUUUUGGAAUUUUAUGUGUUUGAAAGCAUUAUUAAAACGCCAAAAUUACAGCA